CCGUGAGUGCAGAGGCACCAGGCCCCCAGAGAGCGAAAAAUCAUCACCGGCUAAAAGACAAAAAGCAAAAGGGAGAAGCGAGUGGCAUCUACAGGGACGGAGAUGUGACGGCGGGAAGGGGCAGGAAAGCAGGAAGGAGACCCCGGCGUGUCCGUCCGCUGUUGGUAUCAGUCUCCCUGGCACCCCGGGCCAUGGAUAUAAUAUUUGGCAGGAAUAAGAAAGAACAACCAGAACCUGUGCGGGCCAAAGUGACAGGCAAGAUUCCGACAUGGCUGCAGGGAACGCUGCUUCGCAACGGGCCCGGGAUGCACACGGUCGGGGAAACCAGGUACAACCACUGGUUCGACGGCCUGGCCCUGCUCCACGGCUUCACCAUCAGAGACGGUGAGGUCUAUUACAGGAGCAAAUACCUGAGAAGUGAUACGUACAGCGCCAACAUCGAGGCAAACAGGAUCGUGGUGUCAGAGUUUGGAACCAUGGCCUAUCCGGACCCCUGCAAAAACAUAUUUUCCAAAGCCUUCUCCUACUUGUCCCACACCAUCCCGGACUUCACAGACAACUGCCUGAUCAACAUCAUGAAGUGCGGGGAGGACUUCUACGCGACCACAGAGACCAACUACAUCAGGAAAAUCAACCCGCAGACACUGGAAACCCUGGAGAAGGUGGAUUAUCGGAAAUAUGUGGCUGUGAAUCUGGCAACAUCACAUCCUCAUUACGAUGAGGCUGGAAAUAUUCUCAACAUGGGCACAUCCAUUGUGGACAAGGGGAAGACAAAAUAUGUGAUAUUUAAGAUCCCUGCCACAGUGCCAGAGGACAAGAAGAAGGGGAAGAGCCCUUGGAAGCACACGGAGGUGUUCUGCUCCAUCCCCUCCCGCUCCCUCCUCUCCCCGAGCUACUACCACAGCUUUGGGGUCACCGAGAACUACGCCAUUUUUCUCGAGCUGCCUUUGAAGUUGGAUAUUCUCAAGAUGGCGACCGCGUACAUCCGGGGAGUGAGCUGGGCCUCCUGCCUGUCUUUCCACAGGGAGGACAAGACUUACAUUCACAUCAUCGACCAAAGGACCAGAAAGCCUCUGCCAACCAAGUUUUACACGGACGCCAUGGUGGUCUUCCACCACGUCAACGCCUACGAAGAGGACGGCUGUAUUCUGUUUGACGUCAUCGCCUACGAGGACGACAGCCUUUACCGGCUCUUCUACCUGGCCAACCUGAACCAGGACUUCGAGGAGAACUCCAGGCUCACCUCGGUGCCCACGCUCAGGAGGUUCGCCGUGCCCCUCCACGUGGACAAGAAUGCAGAAGUGGGCUCAAAUUUGAUCAAAGUGGCAUCUACAACAGCAACAGCCGUGAAGGACAAAGACGGCCAGGUCUACUGCCAGCCGGAAUCGCUUUAUGAAGGCUUAGAGCUACCUCGAAUCAAUUACGCUCACAAUGGGAAGCCAUACCGGUACAUCUUUUCGGCUGAAGUUCAGUGGAGUCCAAUCCCAACCAAGAUAAUAAAGUACGACGUUCUUACAAAGUCAUCCUUAAAAUGGGGAGAGGAGUGCUGCUGGCCGGCAGAGCCGCUGUUCGUGCCCGCGCCGGGUGCCGAGGACGAGGACGACGGAGUCAUCUUAUCAGCCAUUGUCUCUACUGAUCCCCAAAAGCCGCCUUUUCUGCUUAUUCUGGACGCCAAAAGUUUUACAGAAUUGGCUCGCGCCUCGGUCGAUGUAGAGAUGCACCUGGACCUCCACGGGCUGUUCAUCCCGGCCGCAAACGGGGCCACCAGGACGCAGCCUCCUGCCGAGGAACAGCGGGACAGGGCUUCGCACGGCCACCAAGCCCCACAGACCUGACACUCUUGGGCUUGGGCCGGGGAAGGGGCGCUCAGCUGGCAGGACCCUCAGGACUCGAAGCUGGAGACCUUUCUUUGGGUGGAGGGCGGGGCCUCCGUUUCAAUCUGCGCCCUUCCUUCUGUGGGCGCGUUGGCAAGGGCAUGGGGAGAGAGCUCGUCAGUGUCUUUUCUUUCAUUUUAUUUUGGCCAUAAAAACCUUGUUUGAAAAUCAAAUAUGUAUCGAUUAGCUCAAUUUCUUCUAAGAAAGCUCCUUUCGUUUAUGAUAAAGACCUUGACUGUGAAUCAAAAAUUGUCUUAAAUCAUAUUAUCAUCGUUUUUAGAAUGAGCAACCACUAACACCUUAGAGGAGAGACAGAUAAAUAUUUGUCAUUGCUCCUUCCUCUGUCUCUUUCUCUUUCCUUCCCUCCCUCCCUUCUUUCUAAUGGACUAAAGCGUAACCUGGGAGUUCUAGCUUUCUCAGCUGUGCUGCACGAGUGAGUUACGUGGCCAGGAAGGCACGUCGUCUGUGGUCAUUCCAUUGCAAGGCAUGACAUGAUACAAAAUAAUAAAAACUUUAAAGUCU